GUUUAUCGUAAGUACUAUCUGAUCCUUAAUGGAAAAACAUGGACUGAUGCGAGGACUUACUGCAGGUCCAUGUACACUGACUUGGCUACUUUGGAAACUCCUGCUGAGAUUGCCCAAAUUCAAAAUAUAGCAAAAAGUCAAAACUCUGCUUCCACCACUUGGAUUGGACUUUAUAACGACGUCAAUAGCUGGCGCUGGUCGAUGGGAAAUGUGUCUCUAGGAAGUUUUAGCAAUUGGUAUCCCCCAAAUCCGGACAACUAUUUGGGAAAAGAAAGCUGUGGUGCAAUGGUUCCAGCUGGCUGGUCUGAUGAUCAGUGUGAAACACCAUUGACCUUCAUCUGCUUUGACGAAAGCUACACUGGCACCAGCAGCUAUAUUUUUAUCAAUAUGCAAUUGACAUGGUCCGAUGCUCAGAGUUACUGUCGGCCACAUCACACAGACCUGGCCAGUGUGAGAAACUCAGCUGAAAACUCCAUUGUGAAAUCACUAUCAGUCAGUGGAGGAUCCUGGUUUGGUCUAUUCAGAGAUACCUGGAAGUGGUCAGACCAGACAAACUUCAACUCUAUUCCCUGGCUUGCUGGACAACCAGAUAAUUCUCUCAAACAAGAAAACUGUGUUUUGUUUUUAAAUGGUGUGACUGCUGAUGUUCUGUGCUCAAAAAUAAUACCUUUCUUCUGUGAGACAGUAAUCACAGGGAAGAAGCAAAUAGCAAGACUGAAGAUCAAGUCCAAUCAGGAUGUGGAUGAUCCUGGAGUAAAGGUGGCCAUUUUGGAUAAGAUCCGGCAGAUGUUCAGUAAUAAAGGGAACAUCACAGUGAGAUGGAGACAGCAGUCAGAUGGACUGGUUUUCAAAAGGAUUAAAGGGAAUCGUACAACAACCACCUUUUGUUAGAUGUGUCUGUGGAUGAAGUUCAGUGAUAUGAGGCAUCACCCAGUAACAGAUUUUAAACUUUACCCUCCUACUGGGUGUACUGGGUAGUGUAAGGUAGAAUGUUGUGAGAAUAUAGUACAUAGAUAGCUAGCAAAUUUGUAUAUUUUAGCAAUAAUUCUUAUUUAUGUUUUAUUUAAAGCUUGAAAGAUCCUGUAAUGAUGAGAGAUGAACAGGAUAAAACAUGAAACAUAUCCUAAAGAUCAUGAAAAUCUUUUGAAAUAAAUUUGCAUACAUUUCCUGGUGGCACUGGAAGAAAAAAAAAGGUUUGCACUUAUUUAAAUAUUCAAAAUAAUUUAACAGCUAAGAGAAGUUUACUGAUCACAUCACAGUGUCCGCAGUGAUCGAAGUGUCCUUUGUGUUUAGUGUAUUUGCUCGGUUCAUGAAAGUCUACACCUGACGUUACCAAGCCGUGAUAUUUCUGAUUUUCUUUUUGGUGUUCACCUGUCUUUUCCUCCAUAUUGGGGAUUUUAUGUCAUAGUCUCUUUGUAUUGUUUGAAUGCCAUUUUCUGUGUUUGGGCAAGAGUUUGAUCCCAUUUUGAAUCUGUCUGCUUUGGGUUUAUU